UCACUAAUUUUCCAUUACGAUUCCAUCACCCACGGCUUUCCUCCUCCCCUUCCUCCUCGAGGAGCCCUAAAAACCAGAGCCCGUCCUUCAGAACCCCACUUCGAUUAAUUUUCCUCCGGCCCUUCGUGAUCUCGGCGAGGGGGAUUAGGGUUUGGGAUUCGCGGUCUUGAACCCCUUAUCCUCCUCCCUCUCCUCCUUCGCGGAGUCGGAGCCCUCCUGGUGUCGACGUUGAUCCGCGAGAGACGAAGGAUUUCUGCUCUUCUUCUUCCCUGGUGGGAUGAUGGUUUGAGAAUUCGGAAUUGGGGGAAGUUUGUGCGGCGGGGGCUCUGAUUCUUGGGAGGGAUGGCGAGCGAUCUGCCAAUGAGCGCGGAGCUGGAGCAGAUUUCUGGCGAGAUCACCGACAUCUUCCGAGCCCUUCAAAAUGGAUUCCAGAAACUGGAUAAGAUUAAAGACCCUAAUAGACAGUCUAAGCAAUUGGAGGAGCUCACAGGAAAAAUGAGGGAAUGCAAACGGUUGAUUAAAGAGUUUGAUCGUGAAAUUAAAGAUGAAGAAAAUCGAAAUCCUCCUGAAGUGAAUAAGCAACUUAAUGAAAAGAAGCAAUCCAUGAUCAAAGAGUUGAACUCGUAUGUUGCAUUGAGAAAAACGUACCAAAAUAGCCUUGGUAACAAAAGAGUUGAACUCUUUGAUAUGGGUGCUGGAGGUAGCGAUCCUGUAGCCGAGGACAAUGUUCAAAUGGCAUCAGCAAUGUCUAAUCAAGAGCUUAUAGAUGCUGGAAUGAAGAAGAUGGAUGAGACUGAUCAAGCAAUUGAACGUUCAAAAAUGGUUGUUGAGCAAACCAUUGAAGUAGGAGCUCAAACUGCUGUGAAUCUUAAAGGCCAAACUGAACAGAUGGGUCGAAUUGUUAAUGAGUUGGAUACUAUUCAGUUUUCUAUUAAGAAGGCUUCUCAGCUGGUGAAAGAGAUUGGUAGGCAGGUGGCUACCGACAAGUGCAUCAUGGCUCUUCUAUUUCUCAUUGUUUGUGGUGUCAUUGCAAUUAUCAUUGUGAAGAUUGUCAAUCCACAUAACAAGGACAUUAGAGAUAUUCCUGGGUUGGCACCACCAGCUCCAGCAUCAAGGAGAUUGUUGUCGGUAGAAGCUUUCAAGGGUUUCCAGUAGAGUGCAAUUCAGAGGUGGCUGGUUUUGCUCAUGUGCGUUUGAGCCUUGAAAGAAACAUCUUUGACGUGCUAUUCUGUGUUAUUAUUCUUUUCCCUUGUAUAUCAUGUCACGCUUUUGUUCAUGAUUUUGUGUUCAAUCUUAACGGCUAUCAGAUUGGUCAUUAGGUUGAGAUCUUUAGAAUGCUAUGUACUUUAUUUACAGCAUUUGUAUUUGUGCCGUUUGUUCUGUAAAUGAGCUGAAGACAAUCAUUACAAGGAGUCUUUUAAGAUAUAAUAUGUGAAAUCUUUUGAUAUGUUGUACUU